AUGCGUCAACUAAUCCAGGGACAGGAAGAAUCAGAUGACUAUUCAUCUGAUAAUUCUGAUAUUUCUAUGGGUUCGGACCCUGAUAACACUGAUAUGAACUUUGGUGUUCUGUUUGAUGUGGAUGGUGUCCUUGCAAGAGGAAGUACACCGCUGGAGCCUGCAAAGAAGGCCUUCAAUAAACUCAAAGAUUCCGAUGGAAAACUGAAAGUCCCUGUGGCAUUUGUGACAAAUGCCUGUAACAGAAGUGCUGAUAAGGCUCGGCAAAUUAGCAACUGGUUCAACAUUGAUGUUUCUCCUGAACAAGUUAUCCAUGCACCAACACCAGCUAAGCUUCUGACUGAGCUCCACAGCAAGCAUACACUGGUCAUUGGUCAGGAGCAUCGGCUGGAGAUUGCUAACGAUCUUGGCUUUACAAAUAUGUGCACAAUUGAGGAUGUCAAAGAAGCAUACCCUCUGCUGGACAUGGUUGAUCAUGAAAACAGAGUUAAUGUGGCCAAGAAUGGUUUUACAGAAAAUCCAAACUUUCCCAAAGUUGAAGUGAUUCUUCUGCUUGGGGAGCCCUGCAGAUGGGAGACCAACCUUCAGCUGCUUAUAGAUCUGCUUCUGACCGAAGGCAAACCCACACAUGCACCUACUGACCCACACAAUGUGCCCCAAAUUCCAGUCAUUGCUUGCAACAUGGACCUGGUUUUCAUGGCAGAGGCAUGCAUGCCCCGAUUUGGUCAUGGAGCUUUUCUGCUUUGCCUGGAAGCACUGUACAAGAAACUGACAGGAAAGGACAUGGUUUACACGAAUCUUGUUGGCAAGCCAUGUGAAAUCACCUACAGAUAUGCAGAACACAUCGUCUCAAAGAUUGCAAAACAAAUGGGCAUGAAUAAACCUAUCAAACGACUUUACUUUUUUGGGGACAACCCACAUGUUGACAUCGUAGGAGCAAACUUGUACGAUCGCUACAUCAAAGGAAAAGAUUCCAACUCCAACACAGUUGAUCUUCCUGCUUCCCGACUGAUCCCAGACAGUGAAGCGAUGAGCGAGCAGACUGCAGAAGAAUGUUUGAGCAUACUGGUGGGAACUGGAGUCUACAAGUACACACCCGAAGAAACAACAACGGCAUCUUGUUCUGAGACCACAAAAACAGAAAUUUACCAUGGUCACCGAGAUGUGGCUCAUGAGCCAGAACUUACAACGCCAUAUAAAUUUGUUCCCGAUGUUAAUGAGGGCAUUAGGUAUAUCUUUAGAAAAGAGGGUAUUGAAGUUUAG